CUUCAGCCAGUUCCCUCCUGGGGGCGGGGCGAAGGACGGAGGGGAGGCGGUGCCGCGCCUGCGCGGAGAGGAUUCGAGGGCCUGUCACGCUGAGCAUUGAUCCGAGUGAUUGGAGGCAAGAUGCAGGACCCCAAUGCAGACACUGAGUGGAAUGACAUCCUACGCAAAAAGGGCAUCCUGCCCCCGAAGGAAAGCCUGGCGGAGCUGGAAAAGGAGGCAGCAGAAAAAGAGGAGCAGGCACUCCUCCAGCAGUCCGUGGUGAAAACAUACGAAGAGAUGACUUUGGAGGAGCUGGAGGAGAACGAGGAUGAGUUCAAUGAGGAGGAUGAACGAGCUAUCGAGAUGUACCGGCAACAAAGGCUGGCCGAGUGGAAAGCAACUCAGCUGAAGAACAAAUUUGGAGAAGUUUUAGAGAUCUCAGGGAAGGAUUAUGUUCAAGAAGUUACCAGGGCUGGCGACGGCUUGUGGGUGAUCUUACACCUGUACAAGCAAGGGAUUCCCCUCUGUUCCUUGAUAAACCAGCACUUGAGCGGACUCGCCAGGAAGUUUCCUGAUGUAAAGUUUGUCAAAGCCAUUUCAACGACCUGCAUACCCAAUUACCCUGACAGGAACCUGCCCACGCUCUUCGUCUAUCUGGGAGGCGACAUCAAGGCACAGUUCAUUGGUCCGCUGGUGUUCGGGGGCAUGAACCUGACGAUAGACGAGCUGGAGUGGAAAUUGUCUGAGUCGGGAGCAAUCAAGACAGACCUGGAGGAGGACCCCAAGAAGCCCAUCAAAGAUGUGUUGCUGUCCUCAGUGCGAGGCCCUGUCCCCAUGAGAAGGGACAGCGAUUCCGAGGACGACUGAGAUGGCAGCCACUGUGACCUUUUGAACUUUCUCAAUAUGACAUAUUGUCUGAAUUUUUACUAAGGAGGAAAAAGCAAAAGGUUUUCAUAUUUUAGUUUAACCUUUUUAUAAUAUUUAAAUUUUGUACAUUUCAGAAAUAAUCAUCACUGAAAAUUUUAUUAAAUUUGUUGAAACUCUGAAUUAA